ACAGCUAGAUUAGUUGUCUGAACAGAAAGCUGGUUGGAACAUCUUCAUUCUGAAAAAAAUUUGAAAGACAACGAUAAUGAGAAAAUCAUUCUAUCUUCUUGCUGCACUCUGCGCAUUCAUCAGCAUUCUGCAUACUUGCUUUACCCAAGAAGCUUAUCAGACCAGAGCAUUGAAUCUUCACAAUCAGUAUCGUCGAAAGCAUCAUGCACCAGCCCUACGGCUCGACAAUGGGCUCAACUCGUUGGCAGUGAAAUGUGCUGGCUACUAUGCAAGGAAGCGAACAAUAGACCAUUCUUGCCCUUACAAAAGGGAUGCGGGAGAAAAUCUGUCUAGUGGAACUGGAGGUAACUGGAAUAGCAACCAAUUUACAGACCUGUCGUGUAAGAAUUGGUACGACGAGGUUAAACUGUACAACUACAACAAACCUGGAUUCUCUUAUCGAACCGGUCACUUCACCCAAAUAGUCUGGAAAAAUUCGCAAAAAUUUGGCUUCGGAUAUGCUCGAGUGAACGGAUAUUAUGUUGGUGUUGGUUUGUACAGUCCACCAGGAAACUAUUUGGGUCAGUUUAAGGCAAAUGUUCUUAGGCCUUAAACAAGCGGUGAAAGAUCCGCAAGCAUAUUUUGAAAUCUGCAUGAAUAAAGCUAAAAUUAUCA